CUGAAUUUCAAUUUUUCAGAACUGGUGUUACGAACAUGUGCUCUAGUUCUAAAAAAGUUUGGAUUUUUAUGCUGAAAACGAUCAAUUGAAGCCUCCAUCGUCAUAUUAUUUUUUGUUUCACUCGGAAACCAAUCACUAGUUCGUAGGUUUUCAAUAUUGGGUUCCAUUAUUGUCUUUACUCCACCGGUUAUCUAGCAACCUACGCUAACUCCUCACCAGACAACCGACUUAAUCAAAAAGGGGUUGGACUUUUUGACUUGAGUAAGAAGGUAACAGCUGAGGGUUAGGACGGAAGUCCGGUUGGCGUAAUUACAAUGGAUAGUUUAAGAGAGAGAGAGGACCACCAAGAACUCAGCAUUGGGAUUGACGGCAAUUUAAAUAUUGAUAAUCUUGCUGAUGACAUAUCCAAACUCAAUUUUGAUACUGAAAAGGAUAGAGGCAGUUCUGUUCUAGAGAAAGAGGAGCAGUUGGGAGACAAGGAUAUGGCUCCGAUGGCUGGAAAUUCGAUUCACCGAUCGUCGUCACGGCCGCAGCUGGACCUCAGUGGAGCCGCCAUACAGGGGAAUUUCGAGGAGAAGGAUCCCACCAUUCUGCUGCCUAAUCAGUCUGAUGAUAUCUCGCAUUUGGCUUUGGAUAUUGGAGGAUCUCUCAUUAAGUUGGUGUAUUUCUCAAGGCAUGAGAACCAACCAGUCAAUGACAGGAGGAGAAAGAUAAUCACGGCACGACUGGGUAUUACCAAUUUCAAUAGAAGGAGCUUCCCAAUUCUUGGUGGGAGGCUGCAUUUUGUAAAAUUUGAGACGUCUAAAAUCACUGAGUGCUUGGAUUUCAUCUACUCUAAGCAGCUCCAUCGUGGUGGAAUGGAUUCACGUUGUUGGCAAACUGAGGGUGCAAACACUGAGAACACGGUAAUUAAGGCAACAGGUGGUGGGGCCUACAAAUUUGCUGAUCUAUUCAAGGAAAGGCUUGGUAUAAGCAUAGAGAAAGAGGAUGAAAUGAAUUGCCUAGUUUCAGGUGCAAAUUUUUUGCUCAAGGCAAUCCGACAUGAAGCUUUUACACAUAUGGAGGGCCGGAAAGAGUUCGUGCAGCUCGACUCCAAUGACUUGUUUCCGUAUCUUCUCGUCAAUAUAGGAUCUGGUGUCAGUAUAAUCAAGGUUGAUGGGGAGGGUGUUUUUGAGCGUGUUAGUGGAACAAAUGUCGGAGGUGGCACAUACUGGGGUCUCGGAAAGCUUUUGACAAAGUGUAAAAGUUUUGACGAACUCUUGGAGCUGAGCCAACGGGGAGAUAACAGAACUAUUGAUAUGCUUGUUGGGGAUAUAUAUGGAGGAAUGGAUUACUCCAAGAUCGGUCUUUCUGCAUCGACUAUUGCUUCUAGUUUCGGCAAGGCUAUUUCUGAAAAUAAGGAGAUUGAAGACUACAGACCUGAAGACAUAUCUCUGUCCCUCUUAAGAAUGAUUUCCUAUAACAUAGGCCAGAUCUCUUACUUAAAUGCAUUGCGUUUUGGACUUAAGCGUAUAUUUUUUGGAGGGUUUUUCAUCAGGGGCCAUGCCUACACCAUGGACACCAUCUCAUUUGCUGUUCAUUUCUGGUCUAAAGGACAAGCACAAGCAAUGUUUUUGAGGCAUGAAGGGUUUCUGGGUGCUUUAGGUGCAUUUCUGAGCUAUGAAAAGCAUGGCUUGGAUGACCUUUUGGUUCAUCAGUUUGUAGAAAGGUUCCCAAUGGGUGCACCGUAUAUUGGAGGAAAUGUCCAUGGUCCACCUUUAGGAGAUCUGAACGAGAAGAUAUCGUGGAUGGAGAAGUUUGUGCUGAAGGGAACUGAAAUCACUGCUCCUGUUCCGAUGUUGCCUCCAGGAACAACUGGCCUCGGAGGCUUUGAAGUUCCAUCAUCCAGAGGAGAUAGCCUACGCCCCGACGCUAGCAAACUGAACGUGGGCGUUCUCCAUCUUGUACCGAGUUUGGAGGUGUUUCCUUUGUUGGCUGAUCCGAAAAUAUAUGAGCCCAACACUAUAGAUCUUUCAGAUCAUGGAGAGCUGGAGUAUUGGUUCACUGUGCUGUCCGAACAUAUGCCCGACCUUGUUGAUAAGGCUGUGGCUAGUGAAGGUGGUACUGAUGACGCGAAGCGAAGGGGUGAUGCAUUUGCUCGUGCCUUCUCUGCUCACCUCGCAAGGUUGAUGGAGGAGCCAGCAGCAUAUGGAAAGUUGGGGCUGGCCAACCUCUUGGAGUUAAGAGAAGAGUGCUUGAGGGAGUUUCACUUCCAUGAUGCCUACCGAAGCAUUAAACAGAGGGAAAACGAGGCAUCACUUGCAGUUCUGCAAGAUCUGUUAAUGGAACUCGACAGUAUGAAUGAGGAGUCGAGAUUGCUAACUUUAAUUGAAGGAGUACUUGCAGCAAACAUCUUCGACUGGGGAUCUCGUGCUUGUGUUGAACUCUACCAUAAGGGCACAAUUAUUGAAAUAUAUAGAAUGAGUCGCGACAAGAUGCAAAGACCUUGGCGGGUGGAUGAUUUUGAUAUUUUCAAAGAGAGAAUGUUCGGUUCUGCAGAAAAGAAGCCUCACAAAUAUAAAAGAGCAUUGCUUUUUGUAGACAACUCCGGUGCUGAUGUUGUCUUGGGAAUGCUUCCACUUGCAAGGGAACUUCUCCGACGAGGGACUGAAGUAGUGCUGGUCGCCAAUUCUCUUCCCGCCCUGAACGACGUUACUGCAAUGGAGCUACCUGAAAUCGUUGCUGAGGCUGCUAAGCACUGUGACAUUCUCCGAGGGGCGGCUGAAGCCGGGGGGCUGCUCGUGGAUGCGAUGAUCAACGUCCAAGAUAGCCCUAGAGAAAGCUCGUUGUCAGUACCGUUGAUGGUGGUCGAAAACGGGUGUGGAAGUCCGUGCAUAGACCUGCGACAAGUGAGCUCGGAGUUGGCUGCUGCUGCCAAGGAUGCUGACCUGAUUGUUCUAGAAGGGAUGGGACGAGCUCUGCAUACCAACUUCAACGCAAAGUUCAAAUGCGACGCUCUCAAGCUGGCGAUGGUGAAGAACCAGCGUUUGGCAGCGAAGCUCAUCAACGGAAAUAUAUAUGACUGCGUAUGUAGAUUUGAACCAGCUACCUACCUCUAACCCACCAUCUUCCGCUCAUAUUUAUUUUUUUCUCACACUCGCCAAUCAUAUUCACACAUAUGUAGAUUGUUGGAUUUCGCUAACUCUCAACAACAUUUAUUUUUCACCUCUUGUAAAUGGAUUAUAGACUUUGCCUUUGCACCUUUA